AUUCCCUUUCCACCUUCAAUCACUUUGUUUCGGCGUAAACGCUCUGUAAAGAUACUCAUACUUCAGAACACGCUCCAGAGUAGUGAGAAACCGUAUAAGAUGUCUACGCAAGCAAUGCAAGAGAACCAGUUGCUUGAAUUGCUGCUGCAACUGAAAAAAACAACACCAGAACAAGCUCGAUCGAUUCUGAAUGUGCAACCUCAGAUCGCGUACGCACUCAUGGCCGUUAUGGUCAACAUCGAUGCCAUUGAUGUCGACGUCGUCCAAAGAACAGUGGCAGCAUACAGCGCCGGACCUUCUGCGCCAAGUAUACCAGCUAUGCCCACACCAGCCACCUCAAUCUCAUUACCCCCUCAGAUGCCUGUUGCACCUGCAAUACCUCCUCAUCUGACAAACCACACUACACGGGGAGCAACGCCCCCUUACCCGCCUCCCUCCUCAGUUCCACCACACAUGGCCACUCCACCACCCCAACGUCAAGCAACACCAACUUACCCCUCCCAAGCGCCAGCAUAUCCCCAGCAAGGGUACUCACAACAAAUGCCGCCUCAGAAUCAGUAUGGUGGAAUGCCACCAGGUCUUUCCCAGCCACAAUAUGGUGCACCGACUCCAUCACGAACUCCUAGCUAUGGUUCACAACAACCGGCGCCGCCAGCGUGGCAAGCAGCACUAGCUUUAAUUCCUGAAGAACAGCGGCCGCUUCUGACACGCGUAGCCAAUAUGACACCUCAGGAAAUUCAUCAGUUGCCACCGCAGGAGCGUAACAGCUACAUCCAACUCAGGGCGACGCUUGGCAUCCCGACUUGAGCAUCUCGAAUAUGCUGCUCAUUUGACUGCCCAUAUGUUAAACUUGUAUUCUAUACCUGAAUGGUACUAUGAGGAUUUUUUUCUAUGG